AUGGAUGCUUCAAACAGUACUUUUGGGAACACUUCAGAUGUCUCCGCUGCUCCUCACAGCCUUUGGGAGGCUAUAACCAUCGCCACGGUGUCAGCCAUUGUCAGCCUGAUAACAAUAGUUGGUAAUGUGCUAGUUAUGCUGUCCUUCAAAGUAAACAGUCAACUUAAAACUGUAAACAACUACUACCUACUGAGUCUGGCCUUUGCCGACCUCAUCAUUGGCGUUUUAUCCAUGAACCUGUAUACCACAUAUAUACUAAUGGGUUACUGGUCCCUGGGGAACCUUGCAUGUGACCUCUGGCUAGCAGUAGAUUAUGUAGCCAGCAAUGCUUCAGUUAUGAACUUACUUGUUAUCAGUUUUGACAGAUACUUCUCCAUUACAAGGCCACUGACAUACAGGGCAAAGAGGACUCCAAAGAGGGCUGCCAUUAUGAUAGGUCUGGCAUGGUUGGUGUCAUUUGUCCUUUGGGCUCCACCCAUUCUGUGCUGGCAGUACUUUGUAGGAGAGAGAAAAGUGCCAGUGGACCAGUGCCAAAUCCAGUUUUUAACACAGCCCGUCAUCACAUUUGGGACAGCCAUUGCUGCGUUCUACAUCCCAGUCUCUAUUAUGACCAUUCUUUACUGCAGGAUUUACAAAGAGACGCAAAAACGGACAAAAGAUCUAGCAGAGCUGCAAGGGCUCACAAAGGAACAUGUUCCAGAGGGGGCUAAACCACAGAAAACUAUUAUUCGUUCUUGUUUUCAUUUCACCCGAGAGCCAAGAGAUCAGAGUCAGGCCUCCUGGUCCUCAUCUAAUCAAAGUAAUGCCACAAAAACUACCACGAGGUCAGAUGAGGCAUGGGCGAAAGCAGACCAGAUCACGUCUUUUAAUAGCUACACGUCCUCAGAAGAAGAGGAACAACACGUUUCAAUAGAAACCCCACAAGGAUCCUUCAAAGAGCCAGGAAGUGGAGAAACUAAUAAAAAUGGACAGGUGACUGAUUAUGCAGAAGAUGAGUAUUUUUCCACACCUCAAAAAAAGAACAGCAAAAAGUGCAUCUCAUAUAGGUUUAAACUUGGCUCAAAGGGUAAAAACACCAAUCCUAUGAGCGCAACAUCAUGCCCCCCUGAAGCAGAGCUGCCCACCAAAAAUGCCUCCCCCUCCUCAUCCUCCACCACCUCCAAACCCAUGGACACUGCCCUGAAGAACCAGAUUACUAAGAGAAAGAGGAUGGUGCUGGUGAAGGAGAAAAAAGCGGCCCAGACUCUUAGCGCCAUCCUCCUGGCUUUCAUCCUGACAUGGACGCCAUACAACAUCAUGGUGCUUAUCUCUACUUUCUGUGUCGAAUGCAUCCCGACAUCACUGUGGCACCUGGGCUACUGGCUGUGCUACGUCAACAGCACCAUCAACCCAAUGUGCUACGCUCUUUGCAACAAGACCUUCCAGAAGACGUUCCGCAUGCUUCUGCUGUGUCAGUGGAGGAAGAGGAGGAGAGGUGAGGAUAAGCUAUACUGGGGUGGACAAAACCCAAAUGUCAACAAUAAAAUGACUUAA